AUGACCUCAGCACUAUCUCCUUAUAUAUUGCGUGACGAAUACGUUGAGCUCCAGAAUCGACAUGAUAAGUUUUUGAAUGACGAGCUCUAUUCCAUUCGCCGCUCCUUCAAUCAAGUUGCGGCUGGUUUGGAGGAGUUAACGGCCGACGUGAAGACUCGCUUUGACGAUGUCAACCAGCGCUUUAACGAUGUCAACCAGCGCUUCGACAAUUUCAAACAGCGCUUCGACGAACUCAAAGCUGAUAACAUGCGCACGAACGCUUAUUUCAGGAAUAACGCGUUGCGUAAUCCUACUCUCCCAAUCCGGCCCAUCAUCGCUUUCCACCCUGACCGAGGCAUCCUCGAGCCCGAUCCCGCUCGCUUUCCCCGCCAUGCCAACGCCUUCUACACUCUCCGAACACCGUCCACUCCCCAUCAGCACUCCAUGCUCGCUUAUCUGGUCUCCUUCUACGACAUCCCUGUACCUGAUCCGUCCACUUCUGACAGUGAUGACGACCCGGAGUCUAUCAUUAUCCAGGACCCUGACUCCGUCGUUGACCAGCUGGAAUCUAUCCUCGGUCUCAACGAGGAAAAUUUUACUCAGUUUCGCCACAGAGCCGCUCAGCUGGCCAGCUAUCCACGACCGUCCCCCCCCAAGCGUUCACAAUUCGCGGGAGAAUACCAGCACGCGCUCCGGAUCAAGCCGUACAAAUCUGACUCCCCCGAGAGUGAUCACUCGGAUGCCCCUGCCAGCACCCGCCUUGACUGGGGAACUCGCUCAACCCCUUCGUCUAAGCGCCCGUCUGCAAAUCCAGAUAUUCGAGGCCAGGCACGAGAACUCGCAAGAGCACAAGAACGUGCGAGGGCGAAUCGUCAGUCAUCGAACGACGAUGCUCUCACCUCGACGAAUACCAACACAAGCCCUCGAGAACCACAUUUCGCUUCCACAUAA